GAAGUCCGCCGGCCGGCCGGCAGCGCAGAAGCUGCUGCGGCGUCGCCCAGCCCGAAGUUUGGGGGGGCUGCCGGCCAGCCCGGAGCGGGGACGGGCGGGGGCAGCGGAAGGAGGCCCUGAACCGCGGGCCGAGUCGCCCCAACCCCCCCCCCCGCCUCCUCUGCACCCCGAAACCCCGCCGGGCAGCCUGGUCACCAGAGAAGCUGUAUGAUGAGCAAAGUAGCAAUGAGAAGCCUGGUUUUGCGGAAAGCCAUUCAGCAGCGGCCACCAUGUUGACUUUCCCUGGCUCCCGUCGCUUGUUGGCUGGCUUGGAGGUCCCCACUUCCCAGAGGCUGGGCUGAAGGUGUCGUUUCUUCCCUCAAUCCGUCCCUUGCCGGACGGCUUCUGCUGUUUGACUCGCCAUGGGGGGAUGUUUCUCCAAACCCAAACCAGGACCGAAACACUUGCGCGUAGGCGUUUUAAAAGGCUUGACUGAGGACCUGUCUGCGCCCCUGAGACUGAUUUUUAAUAAAUCUUGGAGUACUGAGGAUGUUCCUGAGGAGUGGAUAACAGCUGAACCCACUAUAGCAGUGUUUAAAAAAAGUAGACGGAAUGAGCGCGUGGAAGUGAAGAUCGAGGUGGUGCUGCCGGAGAAGGAGCGCAUCAAAGAGGAGACGUCGCCCAACGGGAAGGCCAGCCCCAUCGUCUACAAGGCCAAUGGCACCUCGCGGCACUACCAGCUGGAAGAGCACCCGGUCACCCUCAACCCCUACCGGAACGUGAAGGACGUGGUGGAGGCCUCUGUUUGCCACGUGAAGGACCUGGACAAUGGACAGAUGCGAGAAGUCGACUUGGGCUGUGGGAAGGCUCUGCUGGUGAAAGAAAACGGAGAGUUUUAUGCCAUGGGUCAUAAGUGUCCUCACUACGGCGCCCCACUUGUGAAAGGGGUCUUGUCCAAAGGCCGGGUCCGUUGCCCGUGGCAUGGGGCUUGCUUCAACAUCAGCACUGGUGAUAUUGAAGACUUCCCAGGGCUGGAUAGCCUCCCCAAAUUCCAGGUGAAAAUUGAGAAGGAAAAAGUGUACAUCCGAGCAAGCAAACAGGCUCUUCAAGCCCAGAAGCGGACGAAGGUGAUGGCCAAAUGCAUCUCCCUCAGCAACUACAGCAUCAGCAGCACCAACGUGCUCAUCAUUGGGGCAGGUCCUGCUGGGCUGGUGUGUGCAGAGACGCUGCGUCAAGAGGGCUUCUCAGACAGGAUUGUGAUGUGCACAAUCGAUCGACAUUUGCCCUACGACAGGCCCAAGCUGAGCAAGUCAAUGGAUUCCCAUGCUGACCAGAUUGCUCUGCGUCCUAAAGAAUUCUUCCGCACAAACGACAUUGAAGUCCUGACCGAAAUGCAGGUGGUGGCUGUGGACGUCAAGAACAAGACCGCUAUUUUCAAGGAUGGGUUUAAGAUGGAGUAUAACAAGCUGCUGCUGGCAACGGGAAACACACCCAAAACGCUCAGCUGCAAAGGCAAGGAAGUGGAGAACGUCUUCACCAUCCGGACCGUGGAGGAUGCCAACCGGGUGGUCAAAGUGGCCACUGGCAAAAACGCCGUCGUGGUGGGAGCCUCUUUCCUUGGGAUGGAGGUGGCCGCCUACCUUUCGGAGAAGGCUCACUCGGUCUCGGUGGUGGAGCUGGAAGAAACCCCUUUCAAGAGAUCCUUUGGGGGAAAGGUUGGCCGAGCCCUCAUGAAGAUGUUUGAAAACAACCGAGUGAAGUUCUACAUGCAGACUGAAGUGUCGGAACUGCGGGAACAAGAGGGCAAGCUAAAGGAGGUGGUGCUGAAGAGCGGCAAGGUUCUUCGGUCAGAUGUCUGUGUGAUCGGCGUAGGAGCCACGCCAGCCACCGGCUUUCUGAAGCAGAGCGGUGUUCAUCUGGACUCCAAAGGGUACAUCGUGGUGAACAAGAUGAUGCAGACCAACGUUCCAGGAGUUUUCGCUGCGGGCGACGCAGUCACUUUUCCUUUGGCACUGAGAAACCACAAGAAGACCAACGUUCCACACUGGCAGAUGGCCCACAUGCACGGGCGCAUAGCAGCACUGAACAUGCUGGCCUAUGGGACAGAAAUCAGCACCAUCCCUUACCUGUGGACCGCCAUGUUUGGCAAGAGCAUUCGCUAUACAGGUCAUGGAGAAGGAUUUGAUGAUGUGAUUAUUCGGGGAGACCUAGGCGAACUUAAAUUUGUAGCCUUUUACACUAAGAGCGACGAGGUGCUGGCCGUGGCGAGCAUGAACUACGACCCGCUGGUCUCCAAGGUGGCCGACGUCAUGGGCUCCGGCAGGACCAUCCGCAAACGAGACGUGGAGAUCUUCACCCGAACCGGAGACAUGUCCUGGUUGACGGGGAAAGGCUCCUAAACAUUGGGAAUCCCAUGUCUGGUUCCCUUUGGGGGACCUCUGCAAAGCCACCUUCCUCCAGGCUUGGAGACCCUGACAUCCCCCCCCCCCAGUGGCUCUUCUCCUGGCUCUUUCCCUCGUUUCAAGGAUCUCUCCAGAGCGCAUCGGAGGCGGACUGACACUAGAGCCGCUGUGAGACAGGCUGGAGCUGCAGGAAGGAGGUUCCUCGGAACCGGCGGGCUGGAGACGGAAGGGAAACGCACGAGGCGGGCACUUUUUGCAGGCCGGCACGAGGCCCAACGAGUCAGCUGCCAGAGGCUGCUUGGGGACAGGGCAAAGCUUCCUCUGGAUGCUGCCUGGUGCCACCCUUCCCUUCUCCCACAGUGCCGUGUGCCAAAAUGUCUUCUUGCGUCAUGUGGAUGGAAGGCCCCUUGGACAGCUGGCCUGAGCAGCUUCCGUUCCUUGCUCCUCUGCAGCUGAACCACCCCUGAUCUAGUGGGAUGACUGGAACUUGCAGCUUCUUCUCUGGGUCCAUCUCCCUUCCCCACCCCCCCUUUUUUUUCCUCUUGGCAGUGCACUUUAGAUUCAGGGCCAGGUUUCCUGUGCAGGGAUGCUGAAGCAGCGUGGAAUUCCACUCUCGGAUCUGGGUGGUUUUUUACUGGAUAACUAGAGAAGGAUCAUCUUGGCUAUUAAUUGAAAGAAGAUUGGC